AGAUCCUCCUGCUGAACUCAAGACUAUUGUACAGCAUGUGUACAUGUCUCCCAACUGUCCUGCAUUCAGUGGGACAGAUUUAAUUUUAGCACACCGUCUGUCCGGCUUUGAUGAUCUGGUGUUUUGCUUCUGGACUGAGAGGAGGCGUUCGUCUUGAGACAGUGAGAGUUGCGUUUACAAUUGAUUUAAUUCUGACAAUAGCUAAAAUUUAAAUCAAUUAGCAAUCAUGUGUAUACAGGGACAUUGGACUUUGUUGCAGCAUAACAUACACAAGGAACACCGUUUUUUAUGAUUCUAAAAGUGUCCCUGUAAUUGUAAUCCAUAAAUUGCAAACUACAGUAAUUAUUAGUUACACCUCCUACUAUUAUUUAUUCAUUUAUUUAUUUUAGGAUGUAAUAGAUUCUUAUAGAAACCUUAAUACUUUAUGCAAUUCAAAAUGUCCAAAAUUAAUGUAUUAUACGCCUGUACCUACCAUCAAACAAUGGCGAGCAAUAAGGCAUCAGCAAUAUAUUUAUCAAAAUGUAAAACAUGCAUACAGAGUGGUCUACUUCCACCAGAGAAGGUAGAUUGCUCAGUUUCCAAGACACUCAUAUAAGCAGUUGCCCUACCUAUUUAACGCCCCUGCAAAGUUUUGUGGGAUCAGACACUCAACCAAUAAUAACCAUUGCACAAGUGUGUGAGAGAUUAUAUAUCUACAUACAGUAUAUAUAUAUAUUUUUAAUGUAUUUGUUUCUGUUAGUGUGUGUAAUACUGUCGGUGACUGCUAGGUGUCGCUGCUCAACCUUCACAGAAUGGGGAACGGACGUUCUAGGAAAGUGUUCUAAGCUUGACAAGCACUCGAUUGUACGUUUCCAAAAUGGCGGUGUUCACUAGCUGUCUCGUGGGGCAGCUGCAGGUAGAGUGCAAUGGGGUUAUCAGGGGACACGCUGUAUACAUGUUAAAUUGCCCAUAGAGAAGGGGAGGGGGGGUUUACUUGAUACACUUCGUAAAAUGUGAAAUUAUUUAUUCUUUGUGCGGGUGUAGGAGAGGUGAAUCAAUGUCACCCAGGAUUAAUUAUUGCUCAGGGCGGAGGGGUGUCUAUUAUUUGUAAUACUCCGAGAUAAACAGCACCAAAACCAGCCGAGUGAGAGUGAGUCUACUAACUGAGGUAUCAUCAGCACACCUGCUACUUCACUUACUGCAUGAACCCCUACAGUAACACUCUGUAGGGAAUUCAUCACCUCUGUGCAGCCUAGUAAUACAUUUAAAGUAGAUCCUCCCUAGUAAUUUAAAAUAUGUGCAACCUAGUAAUACAUUUAAAGUUAUCCAACCUAGUAAUACAUUUAAAGUUAUCCAUCCUAGUAAUACAUUUAAAGUUAUCCAUCCUAGUAAUACAUUUAAAGUUAUCCAUCCUAGUAAUACAUUUAAAGUUAUCCAUCCUAGUAAUACAUUUAAAGUUAUCCAUCCUAGUAAUACAUUUAAAGUUAUCUAUCCUAGUAAUACAUUUAAAGUAUUCUUCUAUGUGACUACCUCAUUGUAUUGCUUAACAGCAUGCAUUGAUUUAUGUACUUUAUUAGUUCAUAUAUUUAAAUAAUGCCCAUUUUUGCAACAAGUUUCUGUCCUUUUUCACCUGUCCAGUGACCAAUCAAACCAGAUAUGUUCGCCUGGACGGUACAAUCCCCGCCUAUGGGUAUGUAGAUGGUCAUUGGAUGACGUCAAAAAGGGGGUCUCCAGUGGUGGUAGGGUAUAUCUCCUUUCCAAUGGUAGUAGUCCGGUAUUCGUAUAAUUGGUGAUAUAUAAAAAGGAUAAAAACACAAAAUAGUGCUCUCUGGAUAAUACAAAAUAAAAUGAUAAAAAAAUGGAGGUAUACUCACAAGUGAAGAGCAAAUAGGAUAUUGCUCAAUAUAUGUAGGCGUAGGUGGUAUGAUCCCCACCAAGGAUAUCACUCCUCGAGUCCUCCGGUUGGGGUGUUGGAGAGAGUAAAAUGAAUUAUAUUAUAAAAUAGAAUAAAAAGGAUAGGCUUGGAGGCUCCAAUAGCAUAAAUGAGCUAUCUUUAUUGGAGACUAAAAAAAAAUAGUUACAUCAAAACAGCUUUAAAAGACUAACGCGUUUCGCCUGUAAAGAGGCAGGGGGCUAGAUAGUGUUUUUAAUACUAUAGGGUCAGGAAUAUCUUUGUGUUCCUGACCUGAUCCUUUAAUAUUAUUAUGAGCCAUUUAUAUUAUUUUUUGCCAUAAAAGUAUCCAGGCCUUUUUAAUGAUAUUUGUUUAAUAUGAUACACCCACAACCCUAGGUAUUCUAUAAUCUAUAUUAUUCUUAUUGUGUCACUCUUUUUUUUUUUUUUUUUUUUUUUUAAUUUAAAAAAAAAAAUAGUUACAUUUUUAAUGUAAAGAAUAGAUAAAUAUAUAUAUAUCUUUGUGUUCCUGACCUGAUCCUUUAAUUUUUAUGAAUAAAUUAUUUUUUGCCAUAAAAGUAUCCAGGCCUUAGAAUGAUAUGUGAAUAUGAAACCCACAACCCUAGGUAUUCUAUAAUCUAUAUUAUAUAAUAUAUAUAUAUAUAUAUAUAUAUAUAUAUAUAUAUAUAUUUUUUUUUUUUUUUUAAUUCUCCAAAUCCGUUCCUUUACCAGUUUGUUUAGUGAAUAAAUUAUAUUUAGGGGCCCAAUGUAAAACAAGUAGUUUGGAAGGCAGGCGACUUAGAAUGAUAAUGUGAGUAGAAAAAAAAUGUUUUCUGUUAUUAGUUUCAGGUAUUACGUCACCGGCCAGAUCUUUCUUUAUUGGCUAACGUACAACGACGUUGCAUCCAAACCACAUCAGCAUGCCUAAAGGUAAUAUAUUUAAUAUACUUAUAUAGAUAAAUCAAAACUAUUAAGCUUUAAAUGGAAAUGACAAGAACAAAUGUGGACAUACAUUUUUGCCAACAUGACCUAUAUGGAAAUAUGCUUCGUAUGUAUAAAGAAGUCAGUUAUUUCUAUUUAUAAUUAGGGUUCUUUUAGUUUUGACUCUAUUCAGUUUCUGUUAAUGAAAUUUUUACAUGCUAUUUUAACUCUCUCAGGUACUGAUACAUUCAUAUUUUUUUUUUUCUUUCUUUCGUAUACUAAUGCGACAUAAAAGCAGCUCUAUCCCUUCAUUUCAUGUUUGAAUAUUUUAGAACGAUUUUAGACUAAUAUAGCCAAACUGGAAAUAUUGCUGGCCUGGAGUAUGUCUCAAGUUCAGAUAUUUGGGACUUAAAUUUUAUUUAGAAUUUCUGACAAUUCUCACUUAAGUAAAUAUAAGUUGACCGUAAGCAGAACUUCCCUGUCAACAUUGGUCAGUUCUUGACACAGGAAGCUCCAUCCUCUCGUACAUCUUGUGAGUUGGUGUAUGUAGGAUCCUGUGCUGCCAGGCCUCAGCACACUGGACAGAGUUUUUACAUUUUGAGGGUCUUUGCAGAAUAUGUAGGAAUAGUAGUCGAAUCACAGCCUGAUGAUACAUUUUACAUGCCAGUAGCUGACAUUGUAAGGUUCACCUGAAUUACCUAUUUGUGAAUAAAUGUGUUUAAUCUAUUUAUAUCUAUGCAGAAUCGUGCUGCCCGUGUACGAGUGGGAAAAGGAGACAAACCUGUCACUUAUGAACAAGCACAUCCGCCCCACUUUAUCGCGCACAGGAAAGGAUGGCUGUCCCAGCACACUAGUAAGGGGGGCUGGCUUUCUUACUUAGUACAUUAUGCAGUUGUAUUAGUAUAGUACUGCCUCAUCUUAAUGCAGAUGGCAAAUACUUGAAAUUUUGGGCAAAAUAUCCAACUUUGUAUUGCAGUUUACACACAAAUGUGAUUGCUUAUUUAAACCCUAUUUAAGUGGUUUCAAGACAAACAACCACUACAUGUCGACUCAGCCAAUAAAUGACUUUGAAAUAAAGCUUAUAUGGUUAAUGCAAACAUUCCAGUUCCGGUAAGCAGUGACUAGGAUGCAGGUACCUCAGACACCCAGCUUUGGUCAGUCUGCUCAAAAACAGCCAGGCCAAAGACUCUGCUUGCAAUGGAAAGCUUAAUACGUCUGUUCCCAGCAUGCUGUGUAUUCUGAUUUUGUAUUCUGUAUUUUAAGCAUAAAAUUAACACAAUGUUCUGGGCUGCCACAGUCACAUUUGCUGGGGGUGUAACUUACCCCUGAUAUGCAAGUGCAGAUUUCUCCAUGUGUGCAGCAUUUUGAGCAGUUUGCUACCACCAUGACCAUUUUAUUUAUUUAUUUAAUCUUUAUUUUUGCAUUGACGUAAUGUGCGGCAUAAUAAGUCACAGUGGGUCUGUGCCGAGGCCCUUUCAUAGUGCGUAGAAGUAAGACAUGUUUUUACAGAAGGGAAGGUAUGGUUAGGUUAAUUGUACAUCAUGUCGAGCAUGACAGAGUAGCCAUGGUACAGUGCUUCAGCAUUUUUAGUAUUAAGCUGUGACAGUAUAUCUGUGCAAAGGCCUAUGAACAGUGUGCAUAAGCUUGACUGUUUUUUACAGAAAGGAAAUGUUGGUUAGGUCAUAUGUACAUGUCUAGCAUUUCGGCUCAACAGUGGCACAAGUCGUCAACGUGUUUACAUUUAUAUAUACACAGAAAAAUCAUAACCGUAAACAUUAACAGUGUGACAGAUUCCUCUGUCUUGGAACUGUGCCUAUAACCCGCUGGGUUCGUCUGUUUUUCAGUUGCCUGUCCGUACCCCCCAUUCGUUUAUUUCCUAAACUCACGAACAAACUGCCGAACGGCCGGCCACCCAGCCUGGAAGUGUGCUGCUGGUUAAUCUCUUUGCCUCAUUAGAACGUUGUGGUUAACUGCAGACACCUCCUAAUUAUCAACUGUAUGCUGGGUGGUCUUUGUUCGUAUGCCGACCACGAGGCGGCGGCCAUUUUGGACGCAUGAAUGAUCAGCGGUGUUCGGUGAUGAUUUCUUGGAAUUGAAAACGGACACUAUUUCUCCCGAACACCGCUGAAACCGCUGACCUCCCUUCUCUGCCUUCCAGCAUACGAACGCCGGUCCGUUCGGUACUUUUCUGCACGAAAUGACUUACCCCAGCUACCAAUCCCAUGGAGCCUGUUCGUAUACCAAAAGACAAUGUGAAAUACUUUGGCUCCAUGGCGAUUGAACUGUGUGUAUAGGAUCUGAGCGCCAUUCGGUAAUAAUUUUGUGCGCUCAGAUCUAUUUAGACUAUUUUAUUUUUUCUUUCUUUCGUAUACUAAAUGCUGACAUACAAAGCAGCUCGAUCCCCUUCAUUCGUCAUGUUUGAAUAUAUUUAUUAUUACUUAUUUUAGAGCUACUAUAUUGGCCAAACUGGAAAUAUGCUGCCUGGAGUAUGUCUCAAGUUCAGAUAUAUUAGGACUUAAAUGUCUCUAUUUAGAUAUGUUGACAAUUCUCACCUUAAGUAAAUAAUACCUUUGUAUGUUCGUUGUGUACAAUAGCCUAAGUUGACCGUAUAGCAGAACUUCCCCCCUGUCCCAGACAUUGGUCAGUGUUCUUGACACAGGAAGCUCCAUCCUCUCGUACAUCUGUGUGAGUUGGUGCUAUGUGAUGAGCUCCUGUGCUUACUUUCUUGUAUUGUGGUUUUGAGUUCUAUGUCCGUCUAAUUUGGAGUUAUUGAUUUUUAGUGUUAUUUUUAUUAUUAUAGUACAAAAUGGAGUUUGUGUCCUCUAUCCAUGUGAGAUAAUUGGAUUACUUCCCAAUUAUCUUCCAGGAUAGACCGAGGAGGGUCUUCUCUCAGUUUCUAAAGUUGGGAGUGUUUAUGCUUGUGUCCCUGGACUGUGAUUGUGCUACGUAUAUCUCAUAGUCUCUUGUCCCUGGCAGUCUGUCCAUCUGCGUCACCCUAGGGAGUGUCCACUAGGGUGGUGAGAUUUGCGCCUGCAUAAAUACUGUUUUUGGGCAGGUAGCCCUCAAUAAAUCAGAUCGAGGUCUGCUUAACCCUCAAUAUGCCUCUCUAGGAGAACUUGGUGCUCGUACUUGGGGGUAUUGGAUCAGUCUUUGUAUAGGUUUACUCGUUCUUUGACUGUAUAAGUGGCACUAUAGUGCCAGGAUUUCUGUAGUGCCCUGGGUUCCUGUUCGGGCUGAUUGGACGGCUUCUCGUUAGCUGUCUCAAUCCAUUCGGAAGGUGGUUAAUCCUAGAUGGACCUGGCACCCAGACCACUUCAUUGAGCUGAAGUGGUCUGGGUGCCUAUAGUGGUCCUUUUAUACCCCCAUUUAUCUUGACCCCUGUUUUUAAUAUUGUGCUUCUGAAUUUAAAGGGGCAUGUGAAACACAGUAACCACUACAAUACACUGUGUAACCGCAUGUGGUUCCCUUAUUUACCACUAUAAUGUCUUAAAGCAUAGAACUUAGUAGGGCUAACCAUACAGAUAUCUUAGCCAUAAUUUUAUAUAGUGUAAGAGAUCCUCUAUUUAACAUAUAUAAAUAAUUGAGAAUACAAUAUAAAAUAAGGAUUGUCUUGGAAGCAAUAGUUUUGCCUUUUUGGAUAUUUAUUAUAUAAAAAUAUAAAUAUAAAAUCCACUAUAACAGAGUUUAUAAGAUUAAAUUACAUGCUUGCAAAUAUUAAUAGGGUAACAUACCCUUGUGAACAUGUCAUCAUGUCAGCCUCUCUGUCAUUUUAAGAUGGAGCAGCGUCUGUCUCCAAGUCUCUCCUCUGUGUCUUAACAUUUAAAAGUACACCUAUUUAUACCUUAGGUGUCUCCAUUUUAGGGUUACCGUAGUUCAUUUACUUUAUUCAUUUUAGGACCUCCCUUAAUUUGGCAAACAUACAAGGCCAUAACUAAAGGGUGCAAACGUCAUGGAAAUUUUCCUGACUUAGUUCAAGAUGGCAUCUUAAAGUCUGAAUAAGUUAUCUGUUGUUUAUACUAAGUUGUAAGUGUACAGUCGUGGGAGAUUCCCGGAUUUGGGGAAGUUCCAUUAACUUGGGGUUACCACAGUAUAUUGUGUACUGUAAGAGUCGUAGUAUAGCCUUGAUUCUUGUUUAUGCAUUAUUGUUAUUGUAAUUGGUCUGGGACAAAAUGGCGCAAACAUAUUAUGCACUGAGGUUAUUGCUUAAAGAAACAUCUAUGAAAAACAAUAUGUUCCAUUUCUAACACCUUGUCAAUUUGCAAUAUCUCUUAAAGACAAAGUACACAGUUUAAGAAAUACAACAUUUCAUUCUAAAACUUGUAAUAUUUGCAUUUGCCCAUAACAACUGUAGUGGUUAUGGUGCCAAGAAUUCCCCGGCAACAUUCCGCAGUAAGCUGUCAAACCAUUUACAAAAGUUUUGACAACUUACCUGGCUCUGCUGGGUGCCAGCGGUCAUUUCUGUUUGCACUGAUAUGCUAAUGUGGAAGUUCAUGUUUGCACAAAAUUGAUAUAUUACUAAUAUGAAACGUAAUGCAUUUAAUGGCUGUGCAUGUUUCAUUGUUAAUGAAAUACUUUUUCCACAAGUUCACCUUUAACAUUUUUACAUAAACUGUAGUGCUGUGCAUGUAUAUGGGAUGAGAUCCUGAUUUAUUUUAACUUUAGCUCUUUAUUUCAGGUAACCUGGAUGGAGAAGGGGGUGCUGCUGAGCGCACCAUAGAGGAUGUCUUUAUCCGCAAGUUAAUUUUUGGUACCUUCCACGGCUGCUUGGCCAAUGAGAUAGUGAUCAAACGUCGUGCAAAUCUUAUAUCCAUCUGUGCCAUCUUUAUUCGCAAGUUGCCGCCACAGAAAUUCUACUUUCUGAUUGGCUACACAGAAAUGUUACUUUCAUUCCUGUACAAAUGUCCUGUCAAAAUGGAAGUGCAAACAGUAGAAGAGAAAGUAAUAUAUAAGUACCUUUAACCCUAGUGUAGGGUAAAGGCAACAACACUUUAAUUGCCAGUUAUACACUUCCAAAAAUAAAACAUGCUGACCCUCUAGUUAGCAUAACUUCAUUAGGUAUUUGACGCGUUAAACACUUCUGGUUUGUAAAUAAUCAAUCUCAUUUUGUAUAAUAUUUGUGUUGGCUAACACUGAAUCUAUACUAAUAAAACGUUAAAAUAAUAAAAAGUUUGUUAUAUCUAUGAAUUCAGAGCCCAGAACAGUAUAUACAGUUAACAGCUAUUUUUAAUUAAUCAAAUGCUGUGAGGCUGUAUUGCUGAUGACUAGUGUGUGUGCUUAGCAUUGUCCACUUGUGGUCAUCGGGUGGAAUUUACUAUAUAAGGAGAGAAAAAACUACAGAGCUGCAAAAAAAUAAAAUACUGAACGUCAAUGACUGCACA